AAUCCCGUGUAUCUUUCUAACACGAUCUUCUUCAAUUUCAAGAUACAAGAAUCAAGGAGUGUUUGAAAAUAUGAGUUCAGGCAGCAGAGCAUGGAUUGUUGCAGCUAGUAUCGGAGCCGUGGAAGCACUGAAAGACCAAGGCGUCUGCAGGUGGAACUAUACCGCAAGGUCAGCGGUGCAGCAUGCCAAGAACCAUCUCCGGUCUGCUUCACAGGCCAGGAGCCUCUCUUCUCAAUCCUCGGCUGCGAUUUCAAAGGGACUGAGCAGGGAAGACAAGUCCAGACAAUCGGAAGAGUCUUUGAGGAAAGUCAUGUACUUGAGCUGUUGGGGUCCAAACUGAGCUAUGCUUUGAGCUUUCCACUGGUUGGUCUUGUAAAGCAUAACUAUAAUUAUAAGCAGUCCAAUAUUAUCUCCAA